CGGACCCAACUGGCCAACCAAGUCAUCUAAAUUGAGAGUUAGAGAUGUGUUCGGCGGUGAAGUAAUGGGGACAUUGGUGGGCUAAUUGGGCCAGUGAUGAGUAAUUAAGCAAAAUUGUUGAACCCUUGCCUUAAUUUUCCUUCAAUUUUUUUUAGUUCUCUCUCCUCUCUAGUUGAGUAGAGUCUGCAACAGCCAAACAAUAAUAGUGUAGUACUACUCCUUAGAAAAAAGAGAAGAGUAGCAGCAAAAAUGGAGUUCAUCAGCCCAGAAGGUCUCCGCUUAGACGGUCGUCGUCCUUUGGAGAUGAGGCAACUUCGAGCUCAGAUUGGCGUUGUGUCUAAAGCUGACGGUUCAGCUGUUUUCGAAAUGGGCAACACCAAAGUCAUUGCUGCCGUUUAUGGUCCUAGAGAGGUUGAAAAUAGAGCGCAGCAGAUGAAUGACCAGGCAUUGGUUCGAUGUGAGUACACCAUGGCCAAUUUCAGUACCGGAGAUCGUGUGAGAAAACCAAAGGGAGACAGGCGGUCAACUGAAAUAUCGAUGGUUAUUCGGCAAACUAUGGAGGCUUGCAUAAUGACAAACCUAAUGCCUCGUUCCCAGAUUGACAUUUUUGUCCAAGUUCUCCAAGCUGAUGGAGGAACUAGAUCUGCAUGCAUUAAUGCAGCUACAUUGGCUCUAGCUGAUGCUGGCAUUCCAAUGCGUGAUCUGGUUACAUCAUGCAGUGCUGGGUAUCUUAAUACAACAUCGCUCCUUGAUCUAAAUUAUGUAGAAGAUAGUGCUGGAGGUCCUGAUGUUACUGUAGGGUUUCUUCCUAAAUUGGACAAAGUUACACUUCUUCAGAUGGACUCAAAGUUGCCCUUGGAUACAUUUGAAACUGUAAUGCAGCUUGCGACAGAAGGUUGCAAGGCAGUUGCCAAUUACAUCCGUGAAAUAUUGCUUGAGAACACUAAGCAACUUCAGUAUCGACGAGGUUCAUAGCUUAAGAGCGGCAAGAACUGAACCACUGGAGAUAGUUGAGGCUUGGAGAUAUGGGUUGGGCUUUUAGUGUAAUUCCUAGGCAAUUAGAAAGGUGUGAAUUCAAAGAACUGCACAGUAUUGUUUCAAUUGUUCUCCAUUGGUUUAAUACUUUUAAUGAUUCAUGUGAGUUUUUACUAGUUUUUAAAAUUAUUCUUAAAUCCUCGUAUUAUUUUGUUUAA